AUGGCGGCUCCCGGCCCCAGGCCGGCCCGGCCUCCGGGGCGCCCCGAGCCGCGGCCCGGGCGCGUCUCGCCGCCGCUGACGCUGCUGCUGCUGGUGCUGGUGCUGCUGCUGGCGGGGCCGGCGCGCGGCUGGGAGAGCGGGGACCUGGAGCUGUUUGACCUGGUGGAGGAGGUGCAGCUCAACUUCUACGAGUUCCUCGGGGUGCAGCAGGAUGCUUCAUCUGCAGACAUUAGAAAAGCAUAUCGUAAGCUUUCAUUAACUUUGCAUCCAGACAAGAAUAAAGAUGAAAAUGCAGAAACUCAAUUUAGACAAUUGGUGGCCAUUUAUGAAGUUUUAAAGGAUGAUGAACGAAGGCAGAAGUAUGAUGAUAUUCUGAUCAAUGGACUUCCAGAUUGGCGACAGCCUGUAUUCUACUACAGGCGGGUGAGAAAAAUGAGCAAUGCUGAGCUGGCAUUACUUUUGUUCAUUAUCCUCACAGUGGGUCAUUAUGCUGUGGUGUGGUCAAUCUACCUGGAAAAACAACUGGAUGAACUGCUUGGUAGAAAAAAAAGAGAAAAGAAAAAAAAGGCAGGUGGCAAGACUGUGGAUUUAUCGAAACUUGGUGCUUCAGAAAAAAAUGAAAGAUUACUGAUGAAACCACAGUGGCAUGAUUUGCUUCCAUGCAAGCUGGGGAUUUGGUUUUGCCUUACACUAAAAGCAUUACCUCAUCUAAUCCAGGAUGCUGGACAGUUUUAUGCUAAAUAUAAAGAAACAAGAUUGAAGGAAAAGGAAGAUGAAUUGACUAGAGCUGAACUUGAGACACUUCAAAAGCCAAAGAAAGUUAAAGUAAAAAAAUCAAAACCAGAAUUUCCUGUGUAUACACCUUUGGAAAGUGCAUAUAUUCAAUCAUAUGAUCAUGGAACUUCUAUAGAAGAAAUUGAGGAACAAAUGGAUGAUUGGCUGGAAAACAGGAACAGAACACAGAAAAAACAGGCACCUGAAUGGACAGAAGAGGACCUCAGCCAGUUGACAAGAAGUAUGGUUAAGUUCCCAGGAGGGACCCCAGGUCGAUGGGAAAAGAUUGCUCACGAACUGGGUCGAUCAGUGACAGAUGUGACAACCAAAGCCAAACAGCUGAAGGACUCCGUCACCUGCUCCCCAGGAAGACUGUAUCGCUAG